ACAUACUAUGAAUAGGUUAAACUAAUAACCUAACACAUUCUCUAUGAUGCCUUUUAAUCCGUUUACUAAGGCCAGAACGCGACUGUGAUUUGUGUACCGCUCUGUGACAAAAAUUUAGUGGCGACGAAUUUCUGUGGUGAAUAAUGUGACCAAGCUGGGAGAAAAUUUUUAACAUGUUCAACAAACGGCGGGUUCUUACGUAUAUUUUCGUGAUUUUUAUUUUUCUCAUGUUGACAUUAAGUCCUACAUCAGUUGAAGUUGAAAUCGUAGGAUGGAACGUGACGACUUCAAGAAAUACCAGCUACUACAUCUCUCGCAACAUAUCAUCAACUAUUUUGCCAUUGAAUUUUUGUGCGGAUGAAGUCUUCCUUGUAGUAUUGGUGGAAUCUGCUCCAGACCAUUUCGAGGCUCGUUCAGCUAUUAGAAACUCGUGGGGAUCCAACAGGCAAUUGCACGAUAAGAACAUCUCAGUCUACUUUCUCCUAGGGGAAACCAAAAAUUCUUCUUUACAAAGAGACAUCUUAUCUGAAAGUAAGGAUCACCAGGAUAUCAUACAAGAAAACUUCAUGGAUUCUUACAACAAUCUGACGUUGAAAAGUAUCUCACUAAUGAAACUAGCAUCUAUGCACUGCUCUGACACAACUAAAUUUGUUAUGAAAGUGGAUGACGACGUCUUCGUGAAUACGGAGCAACUACUGAACAUUUUAACUAGUCACAAAGAUAGCUCAAACUUAAUAUUGGGGAGGAAGAUUUGUGGAGCUUGGGCAAUCAGAGAUCCACUCAAUAAAUGGUAUUCUCCCAGAUAUAUGUAUGAGGAUAAAAAGUAUCCGGAUUACGUAUCUGGAACUGCUUACGUAAUUACAAUAGACGUAGCAGAAAAAUUAUACGCCGCCGCAUUGACGACACCCAUUUUUCAUUUAGAAGAUAUUUAUUUAACAGGAAUCUGUGCAAAAAAAGCAGGCGUGACUGUUGAAGGAAACUACAUGUUUAUAUACCGGCAACAGAAAAUUGAUCCGUGUCUCAUGAAAAUGGGGCUCACAUUUCACGAGUUUAACUCCACAAGCCUCCUUAAUAUAUAUAAAAUUUUAAAGGAUGAGAGUCUUAAUGAAAAAUGCAAACAUUACAAAGAGAAAGUAUAUAAGGGAGCGUGCAACAAGGCCAAAGUGAAAAGGAGGCGAAGGCGUCUAAAUUACUGACAUCUGAGAGUAGACAGAAGAAGACUAAAUUGGACGAAUCCAUGAAACUAGGGAAUAGUCUAUGCCAAAAUGACGAAUUUCAUUAAUUGAUUUCUGGUUUCAUAAUCAUUGUUUGAAAAUACAUUUAGAAGAGACGAUUUUAGAGAGAGGCUUACCGAUACUUACUAUUAAAUUUGUCGUUAGGUUAUUUUUUUACCUGACAAGUUUGUGAUAAUCAAUAAUUAAUUUAAUGAGUAGUUGUAAGCAAAUGUUUAUAACUUACGGAACGUUGUAAUUUUUCAUAAGCAAAAUGAAAACCAAAUUCAGAUAUCCUCUUUUCAUUAAUUGAUAAAAUGAAUCGCAUUAGAGUACAAUACUUUAGAUAAAUGUAGUGUACUUUUAGAGGAUUUCUGAAUUACUGUCUGUGAUUUGAUAGUGCUCGCUCAAAAUUGACAUUAAGUACAUUCUUUUUUAAGAUAGAAGUGCUUCCAUCCAUAUCAUAAGCCAUUUACAUAUCUCGUACGUACAUAUCUUAUGCACGUACAUAUGACAAAUACAUUGUGUGAUAAUUUUAAGAUCAGGUUCAUUCCUGAAUUUGAAUGUUUAGAACAUGCUUGUGAUGACAAUGCCUUAUGUUUUAUCAGAUAAUAAAUUGAUUUUAUUUGUGCCAGUUAUAUAAUCGUGAGUUAAGUACAUUUUUAACAAUAGUUCAUUUGACACAAUUUCAAGAUACUCAGUUAUCUCUUAUCAGACAUGCACUACAGUUAAAUUGUUAUCUAAUUUAGAUGUUUGAUAGUUUUUAGUGCAAUUGGUGCCUUAUACAAUUUAAUAGAAAUUAUUUUGUGCUUGUUAUAUAGUUGAUGCCGCUGUUACAAAUUGGUUUUAGACUGUAUUUUAUGAUUAAAAAUUUCAUGUUAA